AUACUGCCUCCAAUUCUCAUCCAUGUUGCUUGUUUCUGCCAUUUAACAUCAAGGAAAACAGAGAAAGAAACAACGGCAGUUGGAGGCGCUGCUAAAGUUGGUGUGUUCGCACCAUUUCCCGUCAAAGACCAGCUCCCUGGCGUUGAUUGUGUCUCCAGCUCUCCUUCUUGGCCUGAAGCAAUACUACUAGGUUUUCAGCAUUACCUAGUGAUGCUCGGGACUACUGCGAUCAUUCCUUCCAUAUUCGUUCUUUUGAUUAGCCGUGGCAAUGUGGAGAAGGCUGAGAUGAUUAACACGCCGCUCUUUGUUGCGGGUAUAAACACUCUAUUGCAGACAUGGUUCGGCACUCGGCUUCCUGUGGUCAUUGGAGGAUCCUAUGCUUUUAUCAUCCCCACAAUAACCAUUUCUUUAUCUACUAACAAUAGCACUAAUGUCAUAUUUCUUACUCCACGUCAGGUUAAGUUUAGUUCCCUCCCUUACUUUGUAAAUGCCAUUCUCAAAUUUUAUGCCCGUGUUUGUUUCUUGGAGAAUAUGCAAGGAAAUGCUUGCUACGAUAUUAUAUUUCUCAGCCCUGUUGCUGCAAUACCUCAUGUGAUUCUUACCGGACUUGGGCUCUAUUCACAUGAAUUCCCACAACUGGCAAAAUGUGUUGGAAUUGGAAUCCUGGCACUCAUUGUUGUCUUCAUAUCUCAGUUUGUUCCUCACAUGAUGAAAUCAAGAAGCACCAUAUGCAGUUGGUUUGCAGUUCUGUUUGCUGUUGCAGUUGUAUGGGCAUAUGCCAGCGUUUUUACUGUGGCCGGUGCAUAUAAUAAUAAGCAUCCAGACACACAACUUAGCUGUCGUGUUGAUUGUUCUGGGCUCAUUGGUGCUGCUCCUUGGAUAAAGGUUCCAUAUGCAUUUCAAUGGGGAUGUCCUACUUUUGAUGCUGGCGAUGUUUUUGCGAUGAUGGCUGCUUGUUUUGUUGCUAUAGUUGAGUCUACUGGUACAAUUAUUGCAGUAUCAAGAUAUGGGAGUGCCACUCCUCUGCCUCCUUCAGUACUCAGCCGUGGUAUUGGAUGGCUGGUAGGACAUAACUGAUUGGUGUCUCAUUAUUAAUACCCCGGAAAUGGAUCCACUGCUUCAGUUGAAAAUGCAGGUCGGAGAGUUGUUCAAAUAUCAGCGGGCUUCAUGCUUUUCUUUUCUGUGUUAAGAAAAUUCAGGACUGUUCUUGCUUCCAUACCAUUGCCAAUUGUGGCAGCUCUUUACUGUGUCCUCUGUGCCUAUGCAGCUUCUGCUGGUCUGGGAUUUCUCCAGUUCUGCAACCUCAAUAGCUUCAGAAUAAAGUUCAUCCUUGGCUUUUCUCUCUUCUUGGGCCUUCCUGUGCCACAGUACUUCAAUGAAUACCUUUGGGUUUCUGGUCGAGGCCCUGUCCACACUGGUGUCACCUGGUUACACCUCAACAACAUAAUGCAAGUGGUCUUCUCCUCUCCACCAACAGUGGCAAUUUUAAUUGCUUGUUUCUUGGACUGCACUCACAGUCUGGCACACAGCACAACCCGCCGAGACAGUGGCGGGGAUUGGUGGGAGAGCUUCAGAUAUUUUAGUCAAGACACCAGGAGUGAUGAGUUCUAUACACUACCUUGGAACCUUAACAGGUUUUUCCCUUCAUUCUAAUUUUGGAGCAUUUCCUUGCCAUCAACGACUGAAAAGAAGUGAAAAUAAACAAAAUUCUGAAUUUGUUGCACUCCUAGUAUUUCAUUGUUAGGGCAACUAUAUUAUAUAUCAAAAUGAGAAUUACAUUGUAUAGGAAUAGUUGAGCCAGACACACCAACUUGGUAGUCUAAACUUGUAAUUGCAAUAUUAUUUAUAAAUAUUAAAUGCAAACAGUAAUGAUCUUUGAAAAAAUUACUGCAGAUGGAAUUUUAUUCACGAUAAACAAGUAACAAAGUGAACCUAAUUCAUGUGCCUUUAUAAGAAAUUGAUGGUAGCUUUAUUAAGCAUUCUCGAAGAUAAUGCAUGUCAUAUUUUUUUUAUUUUAGCUUGUGAUGAACCUUUUUAUCUCGCUUCUUUUGUGAGAAUAAGAAUCUGUCAUGCUUUGUGAUUGCCAAGGAUUCCUUUUCUUUUUAUUUUAUUUGGAUGAACCUAACAUCCCUUUUUCCUACAGAUGUUAGAAUGUAAUUCGCCACAGCUAAAUUCUUUUACAGCGGGUUUUUAUGUAGCUUUGUGUGAGAGCUGUUGUUGUAAUUUCUCAAAAAUCACUUUUGAAGGUGUAUGAAAUAGAAUUUAGUCUCAAUCAGAUGCUCUUUUUUGUUCUUUUUGCUGUGUAUUGUGGAGUACAUAUUGGCAAAGCUAUGUGUCUUGGCCAUGGCCACACCUUUAAACGUGACAAAAAGUUUAUCUUCCA